AUGCCUACCGGGGUCAAAGCAUUUCCCACCAUAAAGGGCGUACGGACCUUUGUUAUUGAAGGUGUCGGCUCGGGCGGGGACUACCACAACGUAGAGGGCGGCCACUGGCUCAUCGACAACAAGAUUUCGACUCCCAUGUCCAAGUGGGAGCGGUAUCGAAAGUCGCGCACCUCCUUUGGCAUCAACGUCUUGGGCUCCUUUUGCGUCGAGAUCGAGGCUACGGACGGUACCACUGGGUUUGCCACAGGGUUCGGAGGCCCACCGGCAUGUUGGCUGGUGCAGCAACAUUUUGAGAGGUUCCUCGUCGGCCGGGAUCCUCGAGAUGUCAACGACCUGUACGAACUGAUGUACAAAGGGUCCAUGUUUUACGGGCGCAAGGGUUUGCCUGUCGCCGUCAUUUCGGUCCUCGAUCUUGCGCUAUGGGAUCUCUUGGGCAAGAUCAGAAACGAACCCGUUUACAAAAUGAUUGGAGGCAGUACCCGAGACAGACUACAUUUUUACUGCACAGGCCCAGAACCUGCAGCGGCACAACAGAUGGGCUUCAGUGGCGCCAAGGUCCCCUUGCCAUACAGCCCCGAGGAGCCAGACAGUCUGAAGAAGAACAUUGCAUUCCUGAAAAAGCACCGUGAGGAUAUCGGGCCAGACUUUCCCUUGAGGGUUGACUGCUGGAUGUCUCUCAACGUCCAGUAUACGAUUGAGCUCGUAUCAGAGGCCAAGAGACAAGAUAUCAGAAUAGACUGGUGGGAAGAAGUCCUGUCCCCCGACGAUUUUGACGGAUUUCAACUACUGAAGAGAGCACACCCAGACACGAAAUUCACUACAGGAGAGCACGAAUAUUCUCGCUAUGGGUUCCGAAAGCUUCUCGAGGGCAGAAACGUCGAUAUCAUUCAACCCGAUGUUAUGUGGUUGGGAGGCCUCACCGAGCUUCUCAAAGUGUCCUCGAUGGCUGCGGCCUAUGAUGUUCCUGUCGUUCCUCAUGCCUCUGGGCCGUAUUCGUAUCACUUCGUCGUCAGCCAGCACAAUUCGCCGUUCCAGGAGUAUCUCGCCAAUAGUCCUGACGGGAAGAGUGUGCUUCCGGUGUUUGGAGAUCUCUUCUUGAACGAGCCGAUACCGACCCAGGGAUAUCUCGAUGUCAGCGUAUUAGACAAGCCUGGAUUUGGCUUGGAGUUGAACCCAAACGCCCGAUUAGUCGACGCGACUGAACUACUUGGCAUGAAGCCUCAGCGUUCGUUGCCUCCACCUUCGGAAGAGCCCGAGGCUGAGAGGAAUGGAGAAGGAUCCGUGAAUGGGGUCUCCGGGCAUUGA